CAAUCUUACACUGGAAGUAGCGAUAACAGCUGUUCACAUGCUACCAACUUAGGAAUGAGGUUAUAAACUCAAAAAAGAAUUUAUCAUCAUAUUCAAACACAUAAUUAUGGAAAGAAACUGAAACCAUGAACGGCAGGAAAGUUUAUGAGGUUCCAAACAGAAUACUGAGAUUUCAGAGACCAGAUAACUUUUCAGUUGGUGUAGCUGCUCGACUUCCUGAAGCUUACAAGAAAUUUUGGUAUGAAUGGAAAAAACAGAAACCGACACCUGUUCACUACAUUCCUGAACCUGGAAAAUGGAAGCGGGACCCAGAGACAGGAGUAGUAACUCCUGUGCAGAAUGUUCCAAUCCCAGUAUUGUACCCAAAUGAAUGUCAUCAAGGCUUAUGGGGAGGAGAGGGGAUUGUGAAGGGGUUCCAAAAACGUGAUCCAACUCGGCGACGUGUGCCUCACUUCUGGUUUCCGACGCUUCUUCGUAGUGUUGUCUACAGUGAGAUUCUUGACAAGCACAUGACUAUCAUUAUGACACAAAGAGCAUUGGAUCUGAUUCAUGAAAACUAUGGUUUGGACCACUACAUUCUCAAGACACCAGCAUGUGAUUUGCAGUCCCUUCUUGCCUCCAAGCUGAAACGUAAAAUGCUCUUAGCUUUGCUAAAGAAAGAUUUAUAUCCAGAUGAUCCUGUUAAAAGAGAAGAUGUGUACAACACAUACAAAAAAUAUUUGGGAAAUUACACUGAAGAAGAAUUAGAAUGGUAUGGGUUGUCUAUGUUUGAGGCUAUCAAGAAACAAAUUAAUUUGGAGGCAGAAAUGAACAAGCCACAACCAUUGAAACAUGUGUACCGUGAAGGCUGUCUUAGAAGAACAUGA